UCGUCCUUUAAUGGAAAGUAUCUUCAACCUAGAAGGCACCAGGAAGUAACUCCGUCGUUUGUUUAGAUUAUUAGCUAGAACGCUCUUGGCAACUUCAGGAGUUACGUUUUUGCUUGCUUUAGAAAGUGAAAGGUGUAGCUAGAUAGAGUAAUUAAAAAUAGCAUCAUAACAUGAUUAAAACAGAGAGAGGAAUCAUGAGCUCAUUGCUUGUUGUUGUGGCUGUAACCUGUGUCCUCGUUAGCCGAGCAGAAUGUCACACUAGUACUACGCCAACGCCAUUGAAUUCUUGCAAAGCCUUCUCAACUUGUGACUCGUGCACUCAAAACCCAAAGUGCCUGUGGUGCAUGACCAACGACACGUGCACAGACUACCCAGUGAGCUACAUUCUGCCUCCACCUGCAGUGUGUAAACUGUCACAGGCACGAUGGGGAGUGUGUUGGGUGAACUUCGAGGCUCUGAUCAUCGCCAUGGCAGUGUUAGGCGGGACCAUCAUCAUCAGCAUUGCAGUCUGUUGCUGCUGCUGCUGUUGCUGCAAGAAACGUCAAUCAGGGCCAGACAGAGAUGAGGAGAGGUUUGCCAGGAGGAAAGAGGAGAUCAGACAGCGUGCUGAUGAACGGAAGGUGGAGAGGAAGGUGAGGCAUGAUGACAUCCGCAAGAAGUAUGGUCUUGUCCCUGACUCUGACCACCCAUACAGCAAGUUUGAAAAUGAGUAAACCAGAAACCUGUGAGAGAGAGAAGAGUUGUUCAGAUGGCCCGGCUCUACUCUGCUCCAUCCUCUUUGGGCUGACUAUCAUCCUGUCCUGCUGACUGUUUUAGCUUAGAGAGCAGACACACACACACCUAUAUAUCAAGACCGGUCUAUCAUCACGAUUCAUCUAAAUCAAAACCUUUGCCUAUAAUUAUUAAAUACAGUUUUUAUUCAUUAAUUUUAGAUUCUGAUUGAAAAUUAUUUACAGUUUGAGUGUUAUGUUUUUCACACGAUUAAGAAGUUUGAAGAAGUCUGUAAUAUUUAGUUUGCUGUUGGAGACAUGGCACUGAGUGGAGCUUAACUUUCUGCACGUUGUCUUUGUAUUUUUGUGAAAUCUGAUUUAAAGAGCCUUUGUUUUAAAUUACUGUAAUAUCUGUGAGUACGUUUUCGCUUUGUAUAUAUUUCAUAAACCAAGAUCCUAAUUAUGCUCAAUCUGAUACAUUUCCUAAUAAAAUGUUUAUUUCAAAGUAAAAUGUUUAACAUUUUAACGACUUAACAAGCCUUAGAUCACCAUGCGCAAUGCCAAGCGUCGUCUGGAGUGGUGUAAAGCUCAGCGCCGUUGGACUCUAAAGCAGUGGAAACGUGUUGUCUGGAGUGAUGAAUCACUCUUCAGGAUCUGGCAGUCCGGAAGGAUGAAUCUGGGUUUGGGGGAUGCCAGGCGAACGCUACCUACAUGAAUGCUUAGUGACAACUAUAAAGUUUGGUGUAGGAGGAAUAAUGAUCUGGGCUGUUUUUCACAGUUCGGCCUAGGCCCCUUGGUUUCAGUGAAGGGAAAUCUUAAUGCUACAGCAUACAAUGACAUUCUAGACGUUUCUGUGCUCCCAACUUUGUGGCAACAGUUUGGGGAAGGCCCUUUCCUGUUUCAGCAUGACAAUGCUCCCGUGCACAAAGCGAGGUCCAUACAGAAAUGGUUCAUCAAGAUUGGUGUGGAAGAACUUGAUUGGCUUGCACAGAGUUCUGACAUCAACCCCAUCGAACACCUUUGGGAUGAAUUGGUACGCCGACUGCGAGCCAGGCCUAAUUGCCCAACAUUAGUGCUUGACCUCACUAAUGCUCUUGUGGCUGAAAGGAAGCAAGUGCCUGACUUUACAAAUGAUCUUGUGGCUGAAGGGAAGCAAAUCCCUGCAGAAAUGUUCCAACAUCUAGUGGAAUGUCUUCCCAGAAGAGUGGAGGCUGUUAUAGCAGCAAAUGGGGGACCAACUCCAUAUUAAUGCCCAUGAUUUUGGAAAUAGAUGUUUGACACACAGGUGCCCACAUACUUAUGUUCAUGUAGUGAACCUCAGCCUCUCCACCCCUUCUUAUUCAUAACCACACCCGAAUCUACCAGAUGUCUGGAUGGGGUUGCCAGUCCUUAUAAUGACAAAUGUACUGCCCUGUAUGGACAUUCAACAUCUUAAUGGCAGCGCUACUAUGGAAAGUUUGGUCAUUAAAGGGGUACUUCAGAAUUUAGGCAAUGAUGCCCUAUAUCUACUUCCGCGAGUCAGAUGAGCUCGUAGAUACAAUUUUUAUGUCUGUGUCCGGUAUGAAGGAAGUCAGAGGUAGUUUAACAAGCAUGCUAGCAGAUACCCAUAGACUUCCAGUCAUUGCGCUAAUGCUACACUGAACAAAAAUAAAAAUGUAACAUGUAAAGUGUUGGUCCCAUGUUUGAUGAGCUGAAAUAAAGAUCCCAUUAAUGUUC